UCCAUCUCAUCACAGUGAAGUGACAUACAAACCGGCUUCUGGCAGCACGGCAAAACCGUCGAAUUCGGCUGUUUUCCCCGCUGCAUUUGUCACAAUUUAUAUCUGAGGACCACCUUGUACAGCCAAGCAAAGUGACACAUCUAAGAUGUAGGCAGCCAUUUCACCAGGAAUCAGUUAUUCUCAGAGUGCAAUAGAGCAAGGGUCCCUCCCUGACUCGAACCCCAACCAACCAAACAAGCACCAUGUCGGACGGCUUCGACCAAGACGCUGACAGUGCUCUUCUCACUGGGAAGAAAACAAAACCAUCGACGAACAAGAAUAUUGAGUGGGGGAAGUUUGGACUGAGUGAGGAUAAGCCGGCUGGAGAUGGUACUGCAUUAGCAGGUGAUGGAGAUGGGUACCAGACCGGUGCUGGCGGUGAGAAGAUUCAGGAACUGUACGAUGAGCAGCAGGGGUCGCUAUCGAGCCAACAGCCGUGGUGGAAAGCUAAUUUCUUCGUGAGGGAGCCCGUACUCUUCGGUACCUGGGAUGGUGUCUUCACGUCGUGUAUGAUCAACAUCUUUGGUGUGGUGAUCUUCUUAAGAACAGGUUGGGUUGUGGGUAACGCUGGUAUCGGCCUGUCUUGUCUCAUUGUAGUCCUUACUGUAUCAGUAGCUCUGAUUGCAGCACUAGCAGCAAUCGGUGUCUGUGAGAGAUGUCAUAUAGAAAGCGGCGGAGUCUACUUCUUAGUCUCCAAGGUUCUAGGGGCUCGGAUAGGUGGAGCUCUGGGGAUCUUAUACGUCUUUGGCCAGACAGUAGCAUGUGCUCUCUACUGCACUGGUUUCGGGGAGUCCAUAGCAGAGACCUUCCAGUGGGACAGUUCCUGGGCUGUCCGUGGUGUUGGUAUAUCCACUAUCCUCCUCUUACUAGCCGUUAACAUCGCUGGCGUGAAGUGGGUGGUCAAGAUGCAGCUGAUUCUACUAGCAGUACUUGGUAUCGCCACGUUGGACUUCCUGGUCGGGACAUUUGCCCAGUCUCACCACGAUGAAAAUGGCGUCCUUGGUUUCAACAGCCUGGCCUUCACCAAUAACACCGGCCCGUCCUACUUAGAGGGCCAGAACUUCUUCACCGUCUUUGGUGUCUUCUUCCCCACGGCAACGGGCGUCAUGGCGGGUAUCAACAUGAGCGGUGAUCUUAAAGAUCCCAAAAAGAGCAUCCCGCUUGGAACUCUGUCUGCUAUGGGAGUCACUACUAUUUUGUACUUAUUGUUUGCCCUGUUGCUAGGGGCAACAUGUGCUCGUUCGGCACUGCAGAAUGACUACAUGAUCGCUGAGAGGGUUUCCUUGGUUGGUUUUCUCUGGUUGAUGGGUUUGUAUAUCUCCAGUUUAUCCUCUUGCUUAGGAGGUCUUUAUGGAGCCCCACGGAUCCUACAGUGUAUAGCCAAUGAGAACGUCAUACCUAUCAUCAAAGUCCUCGGACAUGGGAAAGGACCAAAUAAGGAGCCUAUAUUUGCUUCUCUUGUGGUGUGUUUUGUGGCUAUUUUAUUCAUCUUCAUUGGGCAUGUGAAUGAGUUGGGUCCAAUUGUGACCAUGCCGUUUCUAGUCACCUAUGCAGGAAUGGACUAUGCCUACUUCUCCCUCGCUAUGAGUUACGACAAAGAAAAAGCCGCCGGUCACGGCAAGAAGAAAGAGAAGGACAGCCUCCUCGCGCACGUCAUCAACAAAAGCGACGACAAAGGUUAUGGCGCCCUCAAGGGUGACGCGACCAAAGACGACGACAUGAAGGAAUUUAAAGAAGAUAUUGAAAAAGCUGAGAAGUUGUUUCCUAGAAAGGAUGGACCAGCAGGAGGUGCAGAACCAAGCGGAGACUAUGAUGGAUGGUCUAAGACUAAAGGCGGGGGUGAUGGUCCGGUUGAUGUUAGUGAUAAGGAAGGACUGCUCGACAGAGAUGAUGGGCAGGACAAACAUGAUCAAAAUCAGCCGUUUGCCACGGUGGAUCGCAUGCCAACGUCUUGGUACUCCAGAUUCUGCAAUAGAUGGGUGUCAUUUCUUGGGGUCCUGGCAGCCAUCGUGAUCAUGUUUGCAAUCCAGUGGGGCUAUGCUCUUGCCAAUGUAUCAGUUUAUCUAAUCCUCUAUAUCUACAUCGGUCAAGCUAAUCCGGGCGUUAAGCCGGGUAUCUCAGAAUUCAAAUUCUUCCAGUGGAUCAAGUCGUUGUUCAACAGGAUAUGCAGGAGAUCCCCGCCCCCAGAAGAGCAGAUGAUUGUCCACUCACAAAACUUCUCACCACAAAUCAUGACUGAACAGCUCACUGAAGAUAAUCAAGAUUUUGCCUCCAGAGGGCGCUAUCACCAAUCUAUGGUCAACAAUGCCAACUUUGAUGACUUUGAAUAUGGCCAAGAGCAGUAAAGGGAAACUAUACAGGUCUAAUGAAUAUGUAAAUGAUAAUCUAUGAACAUUUAAACUUAAGUCAUAUGAAUAUUGAUUAGGUGUUUGUGUUUCAAAGAUUCUUUAACUAUGAACAAUGGUCAACAGAGGGAAGAGUUGUGUUAAUCCUUUUAGAGACCAAAGCGGCCCUAAACAGUUUUUUUCCAAAAUCCCCAAAGCAGUUGAAAAUGGCUGCAAGAUAUGACCUACUUAUAUCCUGAUUUGAUAUUUUUCGGUGUAUCCCAUAAGAACAUAGUACUUUGUUUCUACGACAAAACAAAGUUUCUGCAGGGUUUUAUAGGUGUUUUUUUUCUAUGUGUUGGACACCUGUACACAAAUUAAUUGUUUCUAAAAGUCAAGGAAAACUAAAUGUGGUCGUAUGGUGAUGACUAUUCUGUAGUGGUCUCUAAAUGGUUGAUGCCUGUGUGGAAUUGAUACUCCUUAUUCACAGCGGACUAUCAAGCUGAGAGUUCUCCGUUUUCUUUUUCUUUGGUCAUAAAAGCCUGGUUCAUACUUCCUUCGAAUGCGAAUGUGAUGUGAAUUUUGGCAACACAUUAAUUCGCAACGAAUAAUUCGCAUCAGUUAACUUUUGGCUGUGAAAACAGGGCUCUGACCUAAGCAGCUCUGUGAAAUUUGGCCCAGCUGUCGUCCACUGAUAUUGCUUCUUUUUGCCUCAGUGAAGAUGCAGUAUGAAAGUGUUAUGACAUAAUGUAAGGGGUAUAUUAGAUGGACGUACAUGUGCUAAGCAAAGGUGUUGUUCUUACCAAAAGUACCAGAUUUAUGAAAUGGGGCCAUGGAGAGAGAGAUUGGUGACAAGCAGCCAGAUUUGGUGUAUUCAUCUAAGAUUUCAGAUUUUUAGUUUUGAACCCAAUUCAAGAAUUGGUUCGAUGUUGAGUUAACUAUAAAGUGAAUGUAAACUUUGUAUAGAUAAGUAGUCUAU